ACACAAAGGUAAUAAGCAGGAAAAAUUGUUUGGUCACAAAAUAAGCUAGGGAGGAUCAAAUGUACUCGAAUAUUAUAAAUUUCUACUUAUUUAAUCACUGUUAAUGCUUAAUUUUCAAGAAACGAAGCUGAUAUAUACUUAUUCAGAGGCCGAUAACGUGUAGAAUUUAUAAAAAAUUGUGCGCAGAAUUGAACUGAUUUUUGUAAGAUCAGCUCCUCCAUAACCCAACUUUUUUUUCAGACGGCAGGACGCGUGUUUCAAAAAUUUUACAAACUAAGAGCAAAAACGUUCCGGAAAAUCUUGUUUUUUUAUCAGAAUGAAGUUAUAUUGUUGGGGAGCUAACAGUUAUGGUCAACUAGGACUAGGAUAUAGGUCUGAGGAAGAAAUUUCACCAAAAGAAGUUUCCUUACAAAACUGUGAUUUUGAAGCAGAUGAUAUUGUAUCAAUUGCAGGGGGAGCUGGACAUACUUUGAUAUUGGAUAACAAAGGCUUUGUCUAUUGUUGUGGAUGGAACUCAAAAGGUCAACUAGCUCUUUCAGAUGACAGCCUGAAGUUAACCCAAAUAGAGAUCUUGAAGGAAUUUAAGAUAGUUCAAAUUUCAUGUGGUUGGGAUUUUAGUGCUGCUGUGUCAGAAUGUGGGAAACAGUUUGUGUGGGGUAACAAUGGUAAUACUCAACUAGGUCUAUCAAAAAGUAUAACCUGUACUGGAAUUCCAUCAAGACUGCAAGUUUCACAGAAAUUAGCGACUGGUUUCAAACACGUUAGCUGUGGAUUAAGGCAUAGUGCUAUGAUAACAAAGGACGGAGGACUUUUAGUUGCUGGUACUGGAGCCAAAGGUCAGUUAGGGCUAGGUGAUAAUUUUGAUGAUAAUAACUAUCUAAGUAUAUCCAGAGUUCCUGAUUUGAGUGAUGUUAUUAGUGUAGCAAGUGGGCAGCAUCAUACCGUAGUUCUUAAAGACAAUGGUACUGUACUUAGUUGGGGUGAAAACAAGUUUGGCCAACUUGGUGUGAAUCCAAAUGUAGCAAACAGUUUUGUACCGCUCGAGGUGUUCAACAAUGAAGGUUUGAAGACUGUGUUUGCUGGUUGGACUCACAGUGCAGGUUUAACCACCAAUGGAGAAGUUUUUACAUGGGGUAGAAAUAAUUAUGGACAAUUGGGAGCAGAGAAGGAAAAGCCAUAUGAACCAGAAAAGAUUCCAACACUGAACAAUGUGAGUCAAUUAAGUUUAGGCUCAGAACAUAACUUGGCUGUGACAGCAGAAGGAAAGUUGUUCACAUGGGGCUGGAAUGAACAUGGAAAUUGUGGUACUGGAGACAAAAAGGAUGUUAAGAUACCAACUCACAUUCUAGCUAAUAAAAAAGUUAAGUCUGCUUUUGCUUGUACUGGUAGUUCAUUUGCUGUUGUUGAAUAGUAAUAAACUUUUUUCAUUCAGUGAAUCUUUAUGUUCAUAAGUAUUUUUUAUAAAGAGUUGAUCACGAUUAAUUGUAAUUUCUGUAUUUUUAUAAUAAAAUUGUGUUGCAUGUAAUUAAAUUAAUUUUUCUUAUGUUGGUAACUAUGUACUAUUUGUUUGUAUUGAUCAUUGAUUUGUUGACAUUGUCAGUAGAAUAUACCAUCAAAAAUGUUAAAUCAAUUCCGUUCUAGAACAAAUUGGUAAAUAUUAUAAUUUUAUAUAUUAUAUUGUAAAUAAGUGGCAAAAUAAUGAAUCAUGUAAACAAAUUAUACAAAUUUUAUAGUCUCAUUCAACAAGAUGCACAAAUUCUAUUUUCAAAUGAAAUUGUACUGGUCAUUUUUUAAAAGAAAAUCUUUAUUAAAUAUAUAUUUUACAUAGG